AUGUCGAGGAGUAUUUUGACUAAGAGGACCAAUCUUCUAUUAGGACAUAAUGUCGCUUAUUUUUCAACUAGUACUGUGUUAAGAAAUGGUGGCGGCAAGACGCCUAUUCAAAUUUUUAGAGAAACUUUCAAGAAAGAAUGGGAGAAAUCGCAAGAAUUACAAGAUAAUAUUAAGACACUGCAAGAUGCAUCUGGUAGGUUAGGUCAAAGUGAGGCGUAUAAAAAGGCUAAAGAAGCAUAUGUUAAAGCACAACAAUCGUCUACUAUCGUUAGCAAAACUUUGAAAAAAACUGGUGAGACUGUUGAAGAUCUCGCAAAGAAAACGUGGGAUUCUGAAAUUGGUAAGAGUACCAGAAAAGUGGUCAGUCAAGGUGCCAAAAAAAUUGAUGAAAGUUUCGAACCGGUAAGACAAACACAAGUGUAUAAAGAAGUUUCAGAAGUAAUUGAUGAUGGUGAAAGUUCACGUUAUGGUGGUUUCAUUUCCAAAGAACAAAGAAGAAAAAAGAGAGAAGCUGAUUUGGCUUCCGGUAAAAGGGUAAGAGCUACCAAGAGUAACGAAGAGGCGGGGACUGCUAUUGUGGCUACGAAUGUCGAAUCAAAGGAAUCAUUUGGUAAGAAGAUAGACGAUUUUAAAGAAAAAACAGUUGUAGGUAAGACUAUGAAAAGUUUCAAAGUUAGAGUAUGGGAUGAGAAUGAAAAUCCUUUGAUUGUUGUAUUGAGAACCAUUUCAAAUAAGAUUAGUGGGUUUUUCGCUGAGACUGAAUCUUCAAGAGUUUAUUCUCAAUUCAAGUUAAUGGAUCCAACUUUCUCUAAUGCUGCAUUCACUAAACAUCUAAGAGAUUAUAUCAUUCCUGAAGUACUUGAAGCUUAUGUUAAAGGUGAUGAGGUUGUUCUUAAGAAAUGGUUCAGUGAAGCUCCAUUCAAUGUCUAUGCAGCUCAACAAAAGGAACUAAGAAAACAACAAUUGUUUACAGACGGCAGAAUCUUGGAUAUCAGGGGUGUUGAUAUUGUAAGUGCCAAACUACUGGCUCCACAGGACAUUCCAGUCCUGGUUGUCGGUUGUAGAGCACAAGAAUUGCAUUUAUAUCGUAAAGUGAAAACUGGAGAACUAGGCGCUGGUGACGAAUCCAAUAUCAUGAUGAGCUCCUACGCAAUGGUCUUUACGAGAGAUCCAGAUAAUAUCGAUGAUGAUGAGACAGAAGGUUGGAAGAUUCUAGAAUUUGUUCGUGGUGGAUCAAGGCAAUUUACCUAG